UUCAAAGCAGCUGCGCAUUUGCUCGCCUUGCCAGGGUUUUCUCCAAGGCGUAUUGCAACAAUGACAUCGUUCGUCCGCAGUCACUUUAUCAACAUGCCCGUGGAAUAGCCAUGAGGCUGUGGACAAGGCCAUGUUGCGUAAACUGUUCAGUUGCUGUAGGGUGUAUAAAAGUAAAGGACCCCCGUGUUGUAACCCGGAGACUCGUUUUUUUUCUUCUUAUUGUUCAAAUCCCAUCGUGCUCUAUAUCUCUUACGUACCCGGCAUUCUCAAGUCCACCAAAGUCUCUACACAACAAAACAUCAUAGCCUACUAUACUCCUAGACCAAACAUCAUUCUCUUCUCUGUUGUAUCCCCACCAAAAAACAAAGUCUAUCAAAAUGUCCACAAACCACCUGCAGCCCUCCAACCCCAGAGUGAACAACAGCAACAGUCCCAGCCCGCUAUCAAGCGGUACAUCAACGCCCGUCAACGGGCAGAGCUCCCAAGCCACGCGGCCCCCUGCGGCGCCGGCCACAGAGCGCAUCGCCAACUUUGGUUCCUACGGAGGCAGGAAUCAGCCCUCCAACUGGCCUAGCCUCCUCGCCACCGACCCGAUGGCCCGGGAGAUCGAGAGGAUGUCGCGUCCCUGAAAACGUGGUCUGGUGCAGAUGGAGGGGGGGGAUCUGAGAAGAUGGCAUCUUUGGGGAGGCGUUCAUUGAAAUCAUGAUUUCUCUGUAUAAUAUUUAUAUUUAUAGACUUGUUUCCUACAAGAGAAGAGUUACAUUGACCAAGA